CACUGAGCCAGCUGAAUAUAGUAUUUUCUGACAUGUCUAGUUAACGGACAGUUUGUCGUUCAGGUUAAUAUGUUGUGAAAGUAAGGUGAAGGCUGUCACUGUGAGCAGAGCAGGAUGGACAGGCGGGGUAGUGUGGUCGAGCCGCAGAGCGGACUCCCCUCACCCAGUCCGCGAGACCCCCGGCUCAGUCCUGACUCACACAUGGAUCUUCAGGGGUAUAAGUGGGUGCGCUGGCGUGUGUGGCUGUGUCGUCUGUUUGCCGUGCUGUCCUUGGGUCUCCUCCUGAUUGUAUUUCAUUGGCGCCCACGGUUUGCUGUCCUCGCUCGCUGCUGCUCCUGCCCUCUGGCUUUGGCAGAUAUUCUUCUAAUAAGAGACAGUUUUGGCCAGCAGCAUGUGGUGGAGGUCCUCACAGAAGAGAUGGAGGGGGGAAGUUCGGAGGUGUUCGGAGCUCUGGAGGACACUGAAUGGAGAGAUACAGUUCAUCUGUACAAGGAGGAGAAAACACUCCUGCGCUACUACCUAUUUGAAGGGCUACGCUACAUCUGGCUGGACAGGAAGGGAACCUUUUGUCGUGUUAGUGUCCUCAAUGAGGACUGGACCUGUAUGGACCUGUACGGCUUCCAAAAGGGCCUGAGUCAACUGGAGCAGAGUUUGAGGAGAUGCGUGUAUGGGCCCAACCUUAUUGAUGUGCCUGUGAAGCCUUACAUAAGACUGCUGUUUGAGGAGGUCCUCAACCCAUUCUAUGUGUUCCAAGUGUUCAGCAUCAUCCUGUGGAUGAUUGAUAAUUAUUAUUAUUACGCCUCAUGUAUAUUUAUUAUCUCAUUUCUUUCCAUCGGUAUCUCACUUCAUGAGAUCCGCAAGCAAAGCAUCACUCUUCGCAACAUGGCUCGAUUGGUCACAAAUGUUAAAGUACGCAGAAACUCAGGAGAGGAGGAGUGUGUGAGCUCGGUGGAGCUUGUCCCUGGCGACUGUAUAAUCAUCCCUCAGGAGGGUUUGCUGCUGCCUUGCGAUGCUGCCCUGCUGGCUGGGGAGUGUCUGGUCAACGAGAGUAUGCUCACAGGUGAAAGUGUCCCAGUGCUGAAAACCCCACUGCCAGCUGGUGAGGGGAAGUACAGCUCAGAGACAGAGCGUAGACACACCCUCUUCUGUGGUACCCAGCUCAUCCAGGCCAAAGGGGGAAGGCCAGGAGGCGGCGGUGCUGUUGCUGUGGUUAUAAGCACUGGGUUUUUUACAGCCAAAGGUAACUUGGUCAGCUCCAUUUUGUAUCCUCAGCCAGCCAACUUCCGCUUCUACCAGGAUUCUGUCAAGUUCCUGUUUGUCCUGGGUUUUGUUGCUUUACUUGGCACCAUUUACAGCUUUGUGGUUCUCUUCAGAAGCAAUGUGACCUGGUUGGAGUUGGUGAUGAGAAGCUUGGAUGUUGUGACCAUUGCUGUGCCUCCUGCCCUGCCUGCUGCCAUUACCACUGGCACUAUCUAUGCCCAGCGCAGGCUGAAGAACCAGGGCAUCUUCUGCAUUAGUCCACCACGCAUCAACAUCAGUGGCAAAGUUUCACUCUUCUGCUUUGACAAGACAGGAACUCUGACAGAGGACGGUCUGGAUGUUUGGGGAGUGAUGGAAGGGGGGCAUGCCGGUUUCUCAGAGCUCGUUCCAGAACCCAGAAAACUGCUGCCGGGGCCCAUGCUCUCAGGCUUGGCCUGCUGUCACACUGUGACCCUGCUGCAUGGUGAGCCCCUUGGAGACCCUCUGGAGCUGAAGAUGCUCGAGUCCACUGGUUGGACUCUCUUGGAGCCAGAAGGAGAUGGAAUGGUGCUGGAUGCAGAAUUUGGAGGGCACAGAGUUUUGGCUGUAAUGAAACCUCCUACAGCUCGAGGAUCUUUCACAAGUGAGCCAGUGGCCAUUGUCCAGAGGUUUCCCUUCUCCUCAGCCCUGCAGAGGAUGAGCGUAGUGACGGUGGGCCCCGGGGGACGCUCACCUCUCGCUUUCAUCAAAGGAUCACCAGAGAUGGUGGCUAGCCUCUGCCGACAAGACACUGUGCCUGCACAAUUCUCAAGCAAACUGCAUAACUUCUCCAGUGAAGGUCUCAGGGUUCUUGCACUGGGCUAUAAACCAUUAGACAAGAACACUGACCUCAAGACCAUUGAACGAGAAGCGGUAGAGAAAGACAUGCAGUUUCUGGGCUUCCUGAUGAUGAAAAACCUGGUAAAGCCUCAGAGUGCCAAAGUUAUCAACAUCCUCACACGGGCACAGCUUCGCAGCGUCAUGGUCACUGGGGACAACAUUUUAACUGCAGUCAAUGUUGCAAAAAGCUGUGGCAUGGUGGGGUCUGAUGAGAAGGUAAUAUUUGUCAAUGCCACCCCCCAAACUGCUCAUUCCAUGCCCACCCUGAAGUUCAACCUUGGGGAUGGAGGGACCACACAAAACUCCAUAGAGGUAAUCACCCAGGGCCUGUACCAGGGUGGUUUUGGUUAUCACUUGGCUAUUAAUGGCAAGUCCUUUGCUGCCCUCUGUGAACACUUCCCUGAGUAUCUGCCAAAGGUGUUGAUGCGAGCCACAGUAUUUGCACGCAUGGCACCCGACCAGAAAACCCAGCUGGUGAAAGAGCUACAAAAACUGAACUACCGGGUAGGCAUGUGCGGGGACGGGGCCAAUGACUGCGGAGCCCUGAGAGCUGCUGAUGUCGGGGUGUCUCUGUCUGAAGCUGAGGCCUCGGUCGCUUCACCUUUCACUUCCAAGAUAGGAAACAUCAGCUGCGUACCUCUGCUCAUCAGAGAGGGUCGAUGUUCUCUGGUCACCUCCUUCAGUCUCUUCAGAUACAUGGCCCUGUACAGCCUCAUUCAGUUCUCUUCUGUCCUCAUCCUCUACACAGUGAAGACAGACCUGGGUGACCUGCAGUUCCUGUUCUGUGACAUUGUCCUGGUGACUCUGCUGGCCGUUGUGAUGGGGAAAGGAGGCCCCAGUAAGGAGCUGCACCACUGCAGACCCCCAGCCAGUCUGCUGGCCCUGCCUGUCCUCGGCAGCCUCUUCAUCCACGCCUGCAUGAAUAUCCUGGGCCAGUUGGCGGCACUCUUCAUCACCAUGUCGCAGGACUGGUACGUUCCACUCAAUUCAACAAUGACUGGAGCCGCCAAUCUGCCCAACAUGGAGGACACCAGUGUGUUUGCCUUGUCAGGUUUUCAGUAUAUCAUCAUGGCUGUGGUGGUCACCAAGGGUUACCCUCACAAGAAACCUCUCUACCACAAUGUGGUUUUCCUCUGUCUAGUACUCAUCCUCUUUGCUGUGAUGACUUGGCUGGUGGUGUAUCCUACGCCCAUCAUUGCCAAAUAUCUCCAACUAUACGACAUAUCUGACAUGGAAUACAAAUUGUUGCUUGUUGCCCUGGCUGCUCUCAACCUCCUCAUAUGUUUUGUGGCAGAGGUGCUGAUAGACCUGGGUCUCUUGAACUGUCUUCGGCUGCUUCGUGGAAGGCGUUUAUCCAAAAAACAGUAUAAACGUCUCAACGUCAUCCUGUCCGACUGUCCCACAUGGCCUCCCCUGAAUCAAACCCUGUCACCCGCAGAGCACACAGUCAUCAGAAUCAGCUAGCAUCCACCCCCCCCUUCUGUUGGACAUUCAGUCAUCCAGACCAAACAACGCUGUGGAUGCCAGAGCCAAAUUCACAACUGGACCAAGAAUGCAAAGUCAUGUUUACCUUUAUGAAUAAAAUAUAAUUUUUA